GUAACUGUCAUUCUAUUUCAUUACGUGUCAAAGUUAUGUUUCUAAAUUUACUGUAAUACUUUCAAAAUUUUUUAGUUUCUGUUGACCAAAUUCUAAAAAAAAUAUGUCGUGUAAAAGCAAAAAAUGCAACCCUCCAGGAGGCGGUAGUAUCCAGCCGGGUGAUGGAAAGACCGCCGAGAUGGCCGAACCAGUCCACAUUGGACCGGGCGGAGUAAGAACCUGGUACGAUCCUAGAAUCACCCCGGAAGUAUUCGAAGGCAUGAAGGAAACCUGGAUGGACGACGCCAAAAUACAAAAAGUCAUGCAACUCUUCCAGGACAACAUAGAAAGAGGCCUGAAAAAGGCCACCCACAAAGAAGCAAUCGUCAAAUGUUUCCCCACAUACGUCCAAGACUUACCCAACGGCACGGAAGUAGGUAAAUUUUUAGCUCUCGACUUGGGCGGAACUAAUUUCAGGGUCCUGCUCGUGGAACUGGACGCGGGAAAGUGCGACAUGAAGUCCAAGAUAUACGCCGUGCCCCAGAAUAUCAUGGUGGGUCCAGGAGCUGUUUUAUUCGACCACAUAGCCGAGUGCCUGGCGGAUUUUGUCCACGAGCAUAAGAUACAACACGAAGUCCUGCCUUUAGGCUUCACCUUCAGCUUUCCCUUGGAACAGAGAGGUCUAUGCGUAGGGAUCCUGGAAAGAUGGACCAAAGGAUUUAACUGUCCAGACGUUAUAGGUAAGGAUGUAGUCGAACUUCUAAACCAGGCCAUCGAUAGGAGGGAUGACGUGAAAAUCGAUGUCUGCGCUGUUUUGAAUGAUACCACGGGUACCUUGAUGUCGUGCGCUUGGAAGAACCCCAAUUGUCGUAUAGGGUUGAUCGUGGGCACGGGAAACAACGGCUGCUACGUGGAGAAGCAAAAAAAUGCAGAGUUGUUCGACGAGGCGGAUAUGGGAUCUGGAAACGUCAUCAUCAAUUUGGAAAUGGGUGCUUUCGGCGAUGACGGAUGUCUGGACUUUGUUAGGACUGAGGUGGACAGGACUAUCGAUGAUCUUUCGAUAAACAGAGGAAGACAGCAGCAUGAAAAAAUGAUAUCGGGAAUGUACAUGGGAGAAAUGGUUAGGAGAUAUAUAGUUCAAUUUACGGAAAAAGGUCUGAUGUUUGGAGGAAAAGCUUCUGAUGCUUUAAAGGAACAAGAUCGAUUUUCCUGCGCCUUCGUAUCAGACAUCGAGUCGGACCAGCCCAGACAGUAUACAAGGUUGAGAGACAUUCUUCGUGAAUUAGAUUUAUCUCACGGCUCUGAACAAGACUGCAUAAAUGUACGAUACAUUUGCGAGUGUUUAUCUAGAAGAUCUGCACAUCUCAUAUCUGCUGCCAUGGUGGUACUUUUGCAUAGAAUGGGAGAGUCCAAUGUGACUAUUGGAGUUGACGGAUCGGUGUAUAAGCACCAUCCUCAUUUUAGGAGGCUUAUGAUCCAGAAAAUGAGCGAACUAGUCCGACCUGGAAUUUCUUUUGACAUCAUGUUGUCUGAGGACGGAAGUGGAAGAGGCGCUGCUUUGGUAGCAGCUGUAGCUGCCAGGAAAAAAGCUGAAACAGGGAAAUAAUAAUAAGUAAUUUUAUGUGCUUUUAUGAACAUUUAUUUAAACAUUCAACUGUAAUCAUACCAAUCAGAAUUAAAAAUUAAAAAUUCAUAUUCAAAUUCAA